AUGCACAUCAAUGACCUCAACGAUGACGCCCUGCUUCAAAUAUUCAUGAUCCUGUCUCGAGAGGAUGUCAAUGGAGCCUUUAUGCUUCUUCCUGUCUGCGCACGAUGGGAGUCCCUCGCACUUCAGAGUCCCUCGCUUUGGAGAUACUUCACCCUGGCUGACGAUAUAGAAGAUUUGGAGGCACGCCUACACAUCUGCACUGCAUUGGCUCCAGAUUUGCCCCUGGUUGUAAGAGCACUUGUCCCAGUCCAUCCGCGAAAUUUUAUGAUUGUUCUGAACCAUCGGGUCCUGCGACUUGAUAUCUACUCGAAGCUACGCUGCCGCACAGAUAUGGGGAGAGAUAUCUCCGCAAUUUACUACCCUUUGGGAAAGUACAGAACAGUGAAUGAAGUUCUUUGGUACGGAGAUAAGAAGGAGCCCCAAGUCAUAGAUAUUCUCUACUCAAGUGAUCAUUACUUUGAUGGGGCACUCGAAGAUCUCCCUUCCUCAUUUACAAAAGUGCUUAGGGCCCACCCGCCUGUGCUCUUGACGGACAUUUGCAUUAGUGAUAGGCGCGAAUCUCAGAAAAUACCCGGACAUAUCUUCAUGAGGUGCAUUCAAGACAUGCCUCAUCUCCGUACCCUGGCAAUUCGCGAAGAAACACUGCACUGGGAGAAAGCAGAGGCCCCACAAUAUACAUUUCCCCUCUUGGAGCAGUUGGACUACUAUUUUACGCCAUCUGCGCGAACGAGAGAGCCUCGCUUAUCACUUAUCUUACCCAAGCUUUCGCAUCUUCAAAUUGCCACAAGUUAUACCCUCAUUCCACUCUCUAUGCGCCGAUUCACGGGAUUCAAAGCCUUAUACAAGCUACGCAUGACGGUCGUGGAACUUACUAUACCAUCAGACUCAUUUGCUUCAGCGGUCACGUCAAUUAGCCAUAUUGCGUUCUUUCAACUGGACCUAUCCCAGUAUGAUCGCGCUGGGAGUUUCGAGAAGCAGCUCCUAGGCCGGAUUGAUCGUGGCCUGGCUCAAAUCUCGAAAAAUGUAAUAGUCGGAGAGUGGAGCAUAUCUGUUAACACUACGGGUCUCCGAUGUAUUGACUGGAUGCGCGUACCCUUCAGCUCUGUCAACUUAGUAUGUGCGGGUUUAGGAUCUCGUGCAGAAGAUGCGCAAAUUCCAGUGGCUACAACAGGUGAAGCAACUCCAGAAAGACGUGUUUACGACUUGCUAUGCAUUGAGACCAGUUUUCCUCUCAAUAGCGCGAUUCUAAGCAGGCUUCCGGCUGCCCGUCGCAUGAUUGUAUCCUGCGGAGCUUUGAGUCAAUAUGUUGCCAUCCAGAAUGACUUCCCUGGUCCCUUGACCACGUAUCUGAGGGAGCUUUACGUAGACAGGCGCUGUUACAGGCCUUUUCUUGGAGUCCGAGGAGAACCAAAGAUGCAUCGUUUCACCUCGCUUACUCGUCUCCACGUUCCGCUGGGUGUAGCGGAGAUGCUUAUAACUCGAAACCAGCUUCCUACUUUGGAAGAGCUUGUUAUUUUGUCCAGGAAAAUGGACACCGAGGCUGAAUUGGACGAGAGCUUGGAAAUUAUGCUCAAGCUCUUUCUCCAAAGGUUCCACCGGGCCUCGUUCUUGCACGUCUACAUACCUUGGGCGUUGACUGGUGGCCGCAAUGGGACCUCGUCGAGAUGUUUCUUGUGGAGUGGCGACGACGACAAAAAAUGGAUAGAGUUUUUACGCUCAAGCUUCCUUCGAGACCGCAGAUAUUGGUCCUGGAAUCACUCGUAG